CCGAGGUGUGACGUAGGAGGAAGGAGACGCCAUUAGAGGGAGGCAGAGGGAUCGUUCUUCGCCUUUCCUCCGGUGCCUGACGUGGUGGGCUGGGGCCCUUCGUUCUCGGACUUUCCCUCAGCCCUUCCAGGCCUCGCCCGAGGAGGGAGUGGGGACAGCGCCCGGGUCGGCGGAGCCGGGGUGGUGGGGGUGGAGCCGGCUGUGGCUGUGAAGGCGCUGCUGCGGCUGUGGGGAGGGCGGCGCGACACUCGGGCUCGGGCGGCCGGGAAGCGACGGGAUGGCUGCGGCCGGCGGCGGCGGGGCGGCGGCGGCGGGCCGAGCCUACUCGUUCAAGGUGGUGCUGCUGGGGGAAGGCUGCGUGGGGAAGACGUCGCUGGUGCUGCGCUACUGCGAGAACAAGUUUAACGACAAGCACAUCACAACUCUGCAGGCAUCAUUCUUAACAAAGAAGUUAAAUAUUGGUGGGAAAAGAGUAAACCUUGCCAUAUGGGAUACGGCAGGUCAAGAGAGAUUCCAUGCAUUGGGUCCAAUUUACUACAGAGAUUCAAAUGGAGCUAUUUUAGUUUAUGACAUAACAGAUGAAGAUUCUUUUCAGAAGGUAAAAAACUGGGUCAAAGAAUUACGGAAAAUGUUGGGAAAUGAAAUCUGUUUAUGUAUAGUUGGUAAUAAAAUAGACUUGGAAAAGGAAAGACAUGUUUCCAUUCAAGAAGCAGAGUCGUAUGCAGAAUCUGUGGGAGCAAAACAUUAUCAUACGUCAGCCAAACAGAACAAAGGAAUUGAGGAACUCUUUCUUGACCUUUGUAAAAGGAUGAUAGAAACAGCACAAGUGGAUGAGAGAGCAAAAGGUAAUGGCUCUAGUCAGCCAGGAACUGCAAGGCGAGGUGUACAGAUUAUUGAUGAUGAACCUCAAGCCCAGACCAGUGGUGGAGGGUGCUGUUCUUCUGGAUAACUGUUCACGCCUAAGAAAUUAAAAGACAGAACAAAACUGUGGAUCAUUGCCCUCAACAUGAAGACUGCCAUAUUCCAAGUCACAUUAUUUUACCAAUGGAAUUAUAGAAUUAACAGUAUUUUAAAUUACGUUUAUAACACUGCAGAGACCUUAAGUGCUAAACUUAGUGGAGUUUGUGACCAGAGAAUUGGCAUUUUCUACAAAUGUUAACAAAGCAAUUACCAAUGGCCUUUUUACAUUUU